CGCGGAGGGGUUGGGAAAUCGAGGUACGUCACAGCGAGUGGCCCUCAUUUUGCCCCCCUGCCCGCUGCAAGUUAGGCCAGCAGGAUGGUGGUGGUGGGGCAGGGGGUAAGAGCGGCUUUUUAAAGCGGCCGGCGCGUCGAAUGAGCCCAGCGUGAGGGGGAACGACGCUGUUCAGAGCUGGUGCUCGUGGAAAAAGAUCGACAAUUAGCAGUACGGGGGUUGGUAGGAGAAGGGAGGAAAAUAAAGCCGAGGCUUCGCCACCAAGUUUUUCCCCGAUGGAAUUUGAACAUGAAGGGGUGAGGAUUAAAGUAACGGAGCGGGCCGAAGCGAUUAGCAGCGGGAACGGCAGUGCCAGCAACAGCGGGUCGGGUAUCGUGGGCAGCUCGGUGGCCAUCGCCCGCAAGUCGCCAGUGCUCGCCACGCCGCCUCCUUUCUUCGACAUCUUGGUGAGCCCGCCGCCCCCAGCCAGCUGCUUUCUGAAUAUUAUGGACAAUUUCUCGGAUGAGAACAGCAGCGAGCCCGAAUACGAGAGCCUCCCCGAGACCGCUUCCACAUCCACGCACAUGAUUGCCGGAGCUGUGGCCGGAGUCCUGGAGCAUUGCGUGAUGUACCCCAUCGACUGCGUCAAGACACGAAUGCAAAGCCUGCAGCCAGAUCCUGCUGCCCAGUACCAGAAUGUAAUGGAUGCCCUGAAGAGGAUUGUCCGUACUGAAGGUUUUUGGAGGCCAAUGAGGGGAUUAAAUGUGACUGCCACUGGUGCCGGGCCAGCACAUGCCCUCUAUUUUGCGUGCUAUGAAAAGAUUAAAAAGACAUUGAGUGAUGCCAUCCAUCCGGGUGGUAAUAGUCACAUAGCUAAUGGUGCAGCAGGAUGUGUGGCCACUUUGUUUCAUGAUGCAGCUAUGAACCCUGCUGAAGUGGUGAAGCAAAGGAUGCAGAUGUACAACUCUCCCUACAAGCACGUUUUGGACUGUAUGAGGACAGUGUGGAAAAAUGAAGGGGCUGGAGCAUUCUAUCGGAGCUACACUACCCAACUGACUAUGAACAUCCCCUUCCAAGCUGUUCACUUCAUGACUUAUGAGUUCUUGCAGGAAAAGUUGAAUCCUCACAGACAGUACAACCCUUCCUCGCACGUUCUCUCUGGCGCCAUGGCAGGUGCCGUCUCAGCAGCAGUAACAACACCACUGGACGUUUGCAAAACACUAUUAAACACACAGGAAUCCUUGGCUCUAAACUCCCUCAACAUCAGCGGACAUCUUUCUGGUAUGGCAAAUGCCUUCAGGACGGUUUACCGACUGGGUGGUAUCCCAGCGUACUUUAAGGGAGUUCAGGCCAGGGUUAUCUAUCAGAUGCCGUCUACAGCAAUUGCCUGGUCUGUGUACGAGUUCUUCAAGUACUUCAUUAGCAAACAUCACCAUGAAAGAAGGUCAACUUACUGAAGUCGAAUAAGCCAGCACAGACGCCACAAAAACCUAUUUGGACUGCAAUACUAUAUCUUUCCACUGUUACAUCAUUUCUAAUAAGGGAAACUGGCGUUAAAUCUGAUCUGAGUUGCACUCUUGAAUUGAGUAAAAUAUUUACCAUGUCUGCUGACAAAUAUUGUCAAACCAAAGUUUCUGUAUUUGUUGCAACAUCUAAGAACCCAGGUAGACUUGGCCGUUGUCAAUAAGUAAAACGCACAGGUACUUGCUGCUGGCACAAAAUGGGUGUCUUGGCCAUUGUUUAAAGAUUUUUCCUUUUGGGUACUUUUUUCCCCUCCAGAUUACUGGGCUGAUUUAAAAGAUGUUUUUAAAAUCAAAAGCACAUACAGGUUUACAUGUCUGGCCAAAUGUCAACUGUUGCACCAGUAUAGGUGUACUGUAUCAUCAAUGUAGUUUAAGUACUUAAUGACUGUCAAGGUAGGCAUCAAACUGCUUAACUGUUUUUAAACUGUAUUUCACUGCACUCUUUGUAGUACAUCGAGCUUUUUCAUGCCUACAUUUGCAUCAGCAACAUACCUAAAUAAGAACUGAAAUGAAGCCCUUUAUAUUCACUGGAAAUAUUAUUCUGGAGUUAUUUUAUCCAGCAAAGUUAUUUGCUGUUGUAGAGAAAGGUUUUCACAAGGAAGAUGAUUAAACAAUAAGACAAACA